GUAUUGGGGCAGUCUUAGAACACACGCCCGCCUGAGGUGGGCAACAGCUUCUUCAACCCACCAACUACAGGCAAGUCACUGGAACCUUCCAAGCCUCCAUUUCCCCCUCCGUUCUGUGGGACCAACGGUUUCAGGUGAUUGUGCCUAGAAUCAAAACUUCAGAGACCACGAAGCACUGAACAGCAGCAGCUGCCUUUACCACAGCAAAAUUAUUCUUUCUUAUUCAAACAUAAGAGAAAACUCUGUUUCUCACUAAACAACACCAACAAAGCGAGAGACUGAGAAAACUGUUUGUAAAAGUCAACUCCCUUUUUCACUUCAGUGAGUCAUUUUUCUUUAGUAAACAGGAAUGAGAAGCUUAAAAGUUAAUCAAGAUAGAGGCAUCAUUUUAAAGUGAAAGUGUGAGGAAAUAGUGCAAAAAAAGUGCAUUCUAUUUUAAUGUACAUUGAAGGCAGAGUUUUCAGAUCUAAUCAAAGAUUUGUUUUGCCCAUCCAGCGCUGUCUGUAGUUUUUAUUUUAAAUAUUUAUCACAUUACUUUAAAUGUGGCUUUUAGAUUAUUGUAAUCCUUAGAGAGCCUCUUAAGUGAGGCUGCUUUUUUUUUUCCUUUUUGGCAGGAGCAGGAAGGUGGGGAAGUGAGCAAAGCUGUUUUCAUAGUACAUUAGGUGAAAUUUUCACAUUUUUAUUCUUUUUUCUUAGAGCAAAGACAUAUCCUGAACUGAGCACAUGUCAGAUGAGAAUCCCCGUGCAGGAUUCUGAAAUCUGCUCUCCCCAGCGUGAGCUGCUGUGCUGGCUCUGCCUGCAGUUGAGCACAAAGACCUGGAGGAGACUCGGCAUCCUUCGGGGAGAAGAAAGGAGGCGGCGAAGCAGAUUAAAGGCACUUGUGGCUCGGCUCGUGGCCUUCGGGGGAGCGCGGCCUGGGCCGGAGCGAAGUGCAUUAAGCCUCGUGGCGUGAAUGAGCCGUGAGAUGAGGCGCUGCCACCGCCGGCGCCGCCGCUGCUGACGCUCCCGCACGUCCAGCCGCCGCCUUUGUGCCGCGUGUACAUGUGUCUGUCCGGGCCGGCCGGAGGCGCCCAGCAGAGCAUCCAACACGGCCGCCGGGGAGAGAGCGCCCGCCAUGCCCACGGAGAGCCUGCAGACAGGUAGCAUGGUGAAGCCGGUCAGCGCCGCGGCCACCUUCACCUCGGCCGUGCCGCUGCGCAUCCUCAACAAGGGCCCCGACUACUUCCGCAGGCAGGCCGAGCCCAACCCCAAGCGGCUCAGCGCCGUGGAGCGGCUGGAGGCCGACAAGGCCAAGUACGUCAAGAGCCAGGAGGUGAUCAACGCCAAGCAGGAGCCCGUGAAGCCGGCCGUGCUGGCCAAGCCGCCCGUGUGCCCGGCCGCCAAGCGCGCGCUGGGCAGCCCCACGCUCAAGGUGUUCGGCAACCACGCCAAGACCGAGGGCGGCGUGCCGCGGGAGACGCUCAAGCUCGAGAUCCUCAAGAACAUCAUCAACAGCUCCGAGGGCUCCAGCUCGGGCUCGGGGCACAAGCACGGCGCGCGCAACUGGCCUUCGCACCGGCCGGACGCGCCCGACCUGCACCGCCACUCCUUCGCGGAGUCGCUGAAGGUGUACCCCACGCAGGGCCGCGCCAGCCCGCAGGAGGGCGGCUCCCACGUGAGCCGCAGGCUGCUGGAGCAGUCGGCCGACUCCUUCCUCCACGUCUCCCACAGCUCCUCGGACAUCCGCAAAGUGACCAGCGUCAAGCCCCUCAAGGCGAUCCCCUGCAGCAGCUCCGCCCCUCCCCUGCCUCCCAAGCCCAAAGUCGCAGCCAUCGCCACCGUGAAGUCCCCCGAGGCCGACCCGGUGGAGCCAGCUUGUGGAGUCAGCCGAAGACCGUCCCUCCAGCGGUCUAAGUCAGACUUGAGUGACAGGUAUUUCCGAGUGGACGCGGAUGUGGAGAGGUUCUUCAACUACUGCGGACUGGACCCGGAGGAGCUGGAAAACCUCGGGAUGGAAAACUUUGCAAGGGCUAAUUCUGACAUAAUUUCCCUCAAUUUCCGCAGCGCAAGCAUGAUCAGCUCAGACUGUGAACAGUCUCAGGAUAGUAACAGUGACCUUAGAAAUGAUGACAGUGCCAAUGACCGGGUGCCAUAUGGCAUUUCCGCCAUCGAAAGAAAUGCUAGAAUCAUCAAGUGGUUAUAUAGCAUCAAACAAGCUAGAGAGUCACAGAAGGUCUCCCACGUGUAAGAGACACCGUGGUGGAAAAGAGAGGGGUGGGUCUCUGUGCAUACGCAGUUGUGAAGGUUGUGAGGUCUCCUUGAAGUGUUGUGAGCUUCUCCACUCUUUGUGUUGCUUGUUGUGCAAUGUUUUCAAGUUGCAUGCCUGUCAACAUGGGGACUGACCUGGCUUCCACGUCACCAUCGCUGCAGAGCCUGGCUGAAUACUCGUCAUCUGCCAAAAGUUGCGGGCCAGAAUCUAAUUAGGGCUUUGCUCUUAAGCAAAACUGUUUACACGAAAACGGUAUAUGACUUAAAUAUUUAUGUGGUUCUUGUGUUUUUAUAUCUCUUGCUAUUGUGUCUUAAUUAAAAGUUUUAUCAACUGGCUUUUAAGUUGAGAGCAGAAUCUUUUUGAAAUAAAAAGCCACUUUGCCUACAUACGAGACCAUAACAAUGGUAAAAUAAAUGGGCUCUGCUACCAGACAGAUAGUGACUGAAGAAGGAACAUAGAACCAGGCUGGGUUUUCUGUGGAAUUAAAGUGGUGAGCCUGAUGUUUAUCGUUUACAUGUUGAAAUUCUCUUGCCACUUAGUGAAGCAGUCUUUGGGGUAAGGAUGCUAUGUUUAUGUCCAAUUCAGUGUGUAAAUAACAGUGGCUCUGAGUCAUACUGACCCCAAGGAAAGACGAUCAGAUGCAAUGAAGGAUGAUUAAAUCUAGGAAGUUUGGUGUUUGGGGAGUUUGCUGAUGUUGUUCCGAUUUAGGAUAAUUCAGAAAUUUCUAGUAUUAAUUUUUUGACAGGAAUGGCCACCCUGGAAGCAGAUACGGAAUGCCUUUUAAAAAAAAGACAUGGGUUUUUUUCUGAGUCAAGAACUACGAAUUUCAUGCUGUCUCUCCCUCCCGUUGUUGUUUUAUUUGGGGGGAGGGGGAGGGGCUUGUGCAGUUUUGAGCUAUCUGAAGACAUUAACAAAAAUGGAAAUACCAGCCAUAUCAGUAGAGCCUCCCAUUCAAAAGUGAGCACAUGUGGUAGCUGAACCAUAUCUGAGCAGUGUGAUUCUGUUGUCUUGCAUAUAUUACUCUCUCAGGCUGUGGGUCUUUGUUACAACUCUAAGAAACUGUAGAAACAGCACACUUAUGUAGCUUUUCCACCCUGUGGUCUCUAGUGCUGCCUAUCAACUUGUUCUCUUUUUUUCUCAAUAAGCUGUCUUCCAGGUGGUUUAGUUAGCUGCCAGCCAUCUGACAGCGUAGUGUGGCCGCGGAGAGGUAGACCCGCCAUUGGUCUGCCUCGUUGCUCUCGCCGCGCUCUGAAGUUCUCAGCAACACCACCUUAGACUUCAUCAGCUGAUAGGAAACUUUUAUGGUGUAAAUACUGUAAGACUUUGUACAUACUUCAGUUGUUAUGAAAUCUUUAAGAAAACAAAAGAAAAAGUUACGCUAAUAAAUUGCUCUGGUGCCGGCA